UGGUUGUCAGGGGAGCAGCUGACUGCACACCUCCCUAAAUUAAAUUGUUUGCAAACGCUUUUAAGACCGACAAUUUUGCUUAAAAAUGUCAAACACAGAUGGAGAUUUCGAAGGUGCAAAGCCAAAGGGCGUAUUCUCAACCUUAAUGGCCGAUGGGGAUUGGCUGUACCUGAAAGGAGAGUAUAAAAAGGCUAUAGAGAGCUACACAACGGCACUGACUUUGAAGCCUGAUGAGAAGACCUGCUUUAUUGGCCGAUCAAAAUGUUACCUGAAGAUGGGGCAACCUGAAAACGCUUUAAAGGAUGCAGAGGCUUCACUCACACAAGACAAGUCAUUUUUCGAGGGAUUGUACCAGAAAGCUGAGGCAUUGUACUACAUGGGAGAUUUAGAAUUAGCCCUGGUGUUUUACCACAGAGGACAAAAGCUACGUCCACAAAUACAGGAGUUCAGACUGGGUAUCCAGAAAGCACAGGAGGCCAUAGAAAACUCUGUUGGCAGCCCUUCUGUAAAACUGGAGAUUAAGGGAGACCUGUCAUUUUUCCAAAAAGAUGAAGAGAGGGCACAGCCAAUUAAUGCUACUCAGCAUCUGAUGAGGGAGAAAAAACAGCAGACCCAGAAGAUCCCUAAGAGUGAGAAGAUAACCAAACAUCUGCUGGGAGAGUUUUACAGUGACAAGAAAUAUCUAGAACAACUGCUUAAAGAUGAAGACUUGGUAAAAGGGAAGACAAAGAGUGGGGAACAACUGCAAGAUGUUAUUCAGGGCUGCCUCACAUACCUUGACACUUGCACCACGUUCUGGAACCAGGAGAAACCUAUCUGUGCACUGGAAAGGGAGCGUAAAAACAUACAGCACAAAUGUAGCAAGCCCCGUCAUAGCGCACCCUCUGAACCUGCUCAGUUUCUGCUGAAGAGCCUGGAUGACAUUGAUGCAGAGUUGACAUCUGGAAACGCAGAAGGUAGCCUCAAGAAGGCUGAACAAGUCAUGAAGAUAGUGCAGGAAUGGUCAGAGAAAGAGGUGCCUGAUAAGAGAGAGGUUUUGGGCAGCCUGCACAGUUGUAUUGGGAAUGCCUUGAUCGAGCUGGGGGACAUUGGCAAAGCAUUAGACCAUCAUCAAAAAGACUUGGAGUUGGCUCAAGAGUGCAAACUUCCAGAUGCAACGUCCAGGGCUUUGGACAACAUUGGUCGGGUUUAUGCCCAAAUUGGACAGUUCACACAGGCCAUUGAGUUCUGGGAGAAGAAGAUUCCCUUGGUCCGUGGUGGUUUGGAGAAGACAUGGCUGUUCCAUGAGAUUGGCUGGUGUUAUCUGGAGCUUAAUCGCCACGAAGAAGCCCGAGACUAUGGCAUCCGUUCAGUUGCAGCGGCUGAUGAAAUUGCCGAUGAGAAAUGGCAGAUAAACGCCAAUGUUUUGGUAGCACAAUCCGACUUGAAACUUGGAAACUCUGAAUCCUGCGUCUCUCACUUUGAGAGAGCCUUGACCCUUGCCAAACUGCAAGAAGACGACUCUGCCAUGACUGCCAUUCAGAAGGCCCUUGAUGAAGCAAAGCAACACCUACCACAGUGAGGGCAUCCUCCGUCAAGAUUUGUGGUGCUUCAGAGGGCUAGUUGCAGAAAAAAAAAGACCUAUAGAAGACAACAAUCAGCAAAUAAACGUUGAAGAAAGAGACUAAUAAAAGGCAUCUCCCUCAAAAGGGGCAGCUUUGAGUUUUUAUGAAUGCAAAGAGUGCUUAAAGCUGGGGUAGGCACCGUAGGAGAAUUAGCAAGAAGUGUAUGUGUUUUGAUGACAGCCUUAGUUUUAUAGACCGUAGUGAAUAGUGCAAAGGUAUCUACUAUUCUUUGAAGAGUGAAAAUAUGGUUAUGGGGAAGUGUUUAUAAGAUCAAUAUCUGGCCUACAUCCUGCUCUAUUUUCAGAAUUAUUUCUUAAGAAUAAAUGCUAUUAUUUUCAA